AUGCUCCCCCAUACCACCGCCCAUCCGCCAGCGGGCCAUGAAGCUUUACUCGCUCGCUGCUCGGCACGCCCGACCACGGCAGCCAGGUCCCCACCGAGGCGUACGACCCACCCCGCGAACACGAGUUCCUCACCAGGACGGUCGCGGCAGGCGCGGCGGAAGAGCGUGCGCGAGGGGGGUUAUGUCGCGCACUUUGGCGGCGACGGCGUAGCUAUCGCGGACGGGGGAUACCCCGUUUGUGUUCCUGACGGAAAUGCUGAGCGAGUUGUACGUGAAGAUGUGGUUGAAGGAUGUGAGACCCCCCGGGCCGGAUGCCGGACGUGGAGGAGUACGUGCAGAGGUACCAGGACCUGGAGCAAGCGGGGGCGCGCGAAGAUCUGGGUGACAAUCGAGUCCGUGCUAGAAGUAAGAAGAUGGGGUGAAGAUGUGCUACAAGACGAGAACUUUGAGUUGACUGCCAGCGAGACAUUAAUGCACUGUCCACCGGCUCCGGACGCACCCAAGCAUGCGCCGACGAUAUUUCAGCCCGAAAAGGCAACUCGUGCUUCGUCCAGAAAUGCUUCCGCCUCGCAAAGUUCAUCUGCUGCUGUCUAA